AUGGGGGAUAUCUCCUCUCUACCUGCCGAUAUCAUACAUAAUAUACUUGUUCGGCUUCCCUUAAACCUGUCGGUGAAGCUCAAAUACGUAUGUAAGCGUUGGAAUUGUCUUCUAUCAGAUCCGUAUUACGGGCCGAGAGGUGAUCGAAAGAUCCUCCUUCCCUUUGCAUCCUCUAAUGUUGAUGUUUUCGAAGAUUCCGAUGACGAUGUUUCUGUAGAAAACGAAGACGAUAAUUUGGAAGAAAAAAUGGUCACUCUUGAUAAUUUUGCGAACCCUAAAGGUAACGUUGUCACGGAAAGUUCUAAACAUGUAUGUGGAUUUGGUUACGGUUUAACCCCUGAUGACUUAAAGAUUGUUAGAUUUAGAGGUUGCAAGUAUUCUUCAUAUAGUACUAACGACGACCCGCAUACUUGUGAUGUUUUUAGUCCCAAAUCGAAUUCAUGGAUCAUGUUGAGAAACUUUGUUCGAAAUUCUAACCUGUUGAAUGAUGUGGGUACCUUCUCAAAUGGUUCUUUGCAUUGGAUUGCUUAUAGUAGUAUCAACCACCAAGAUCAUUGCAAUAAGAUCGUGGCUCUCGAUGUUAACAACAUGGUACUCUCAGAUAUACAUUUACCUUUUUCUCAUGGAUCAUCUUACAAGUCGUGUUCUUUGGGUACGCUACAUGGAAGCCUUUGCAUAUUCGCUAAAAUGGUGACUCCGGGGGGGAAUGAGUUUAGGGUCUGGGUAAUGACGGCCGGAGAAGGUGGUGAGAAGUCAUGGUUGGAAGCGUCUUCACUCACAUUAAACUUGAAACAAAAGUUGCGGUACCUGUACAACCCUGUAAUUAUUUUGGACGACGGGGUGGUUCUUAUAUUGAUUGAUAAUGAACUCCACAAACUAGUUAUCUAUGACGCAAUGAAACAUUUGCACAAAGUGAUACACUUCUGCGAGACCUAGCUAUUUUCUGAACCGUGGGAUCCAGUAUGUGGAGAGCCUCGUUUCGCCUUCAAGUUUGUUUAAUAAUACCCCUUAGUUAAUUUGUUCUACGUUAUUUCCUUUUGAAAUUUAUUAGUUGGUUAGUAAUCUAAAAUAUGAAAACGUU